AUGGCUACACAAACUGUUGAGAACAGUUCUAGAUCGGGUCCAAGACGAACUACUGUAGGGAGUUUAUUAAAACCAUUGAAUUCGGAAUAUGGUAAAGUAGCUCCCGGGUGGGGAACGACUCCAUUGAUGGGUGUCGCAAUGGCUCUAUUUGCGGUAUUUCUAUCUAUUAUUUUGGAGAUUUAUAAUUCUUCCGUUUUAUUGGAUGGAAUUUCAAUGAAUUAA